UCGUAACGUCAACGCGCCGGCGCCCGCCGAACUGACGCGCUCGGCUUCGGCGGGUUAGUGGUCGGGGCUUAGGUGAUCUCCCACCCCCGUGUUGUGGCGUUUGGGGUCUUUUUCUCCAGACUUCCUGGCCCUGCUCUGGGAUUUCACGAUGUACCACAACAGUAGCCAGAAGCGGCACUGGACUUUCGCCAGUGAGGAGCAGCUAGCACGACUGCGGGCGGACGCCAACCGUAAAUUCAAAUGCAAAGCGGUCGCCAACGGGAAGGUUCUUCCAAACGAUCCAGUCUUUCUUGAGCCUCACGAAGAAAUGAUGCUCUGCAAAUACUAUGAGAAGAGAUUAUUAGAAUUCUGUUCAGUGUUUAAGCCAGCAAUGCCACGGUCUGUUGUGGGUACAGCUUGUAUGUAUUUCAAGCGUUUUUAUCUUAAUAAUUCAGUAAUGGAAUAUCACCCCCGGAUAAUAAUGCUCACUUGUGCAUUUUUGGCCUGCAAAGUAGAUGAAUUCAAUGUAUCUAGUCCACAGUUUGUUGGAAAUCUGCGGGAGAGUCCUCUUGGACAGGAGAAGGCACUCGAACAGAUUUUGGAAUACGAACUACUUCUUAUACAACAACUGAAUUUCCACCUUAUUGUCCACAAUCCUUAUAGACCAUUUGAGGGCUUCCUCAUUGAUUUAAAGACUCGCUACCCCAUGAUGGAGAAUCCAGAGAUGUUGAGGAAAACAGCCGAUGACUUUCUUAAUAGAAUUGCAUUAACAGAUGCUUACCUUUUAUACACACCUUCCCAAAUUGCCCUGACUGCCAUUUUAUCUAGUGCAUCUCGAGCAGGAAUUACUAUGGAAAGUUAUUUAUCAGAAAGUCUGAUGUUGAAAGAGAACAGAACUUGCUUGUCACAGUUACUAGAUAUAAUGAAAAGUAUGAGAAACUUGGUAAAAAAAUAUGAACCACCCAGAUCUGAAGAAGUUGCUGUUCUGAAACAGAAGUUAGAGAGAUGUCACUCUGCUGAGCUUGCCCUUAACAUAAUUACGAAGAAGAGGAAAGGCUAUGAAGAUGAUGAUUAUGUCUCAAAGAAACCCAAACAUGAGGAGGUAUGUUGUCCAAAGGAAGAAUGGACUGACGAUGACCUGGUUGAUUCUCUCUAACCAUUUGAAAUUGACUUUUCAAUGCUAACUAAUCAACAGAAGGAUGAAACCUAUCUGGCAUUUAAGUUUAUUUAAAAAUGAAAUGACGUGAAAGCAUUAAAGAUAGUAAAUUUUC